AACAUACAAUAUUCUUCUCCAAUGGCUAACUCCUAUUCCAUCGUUUCCUUAUGCCUUCUUGGCCUCCUUAUGCCAAGCCUUCAUCUAACAAGUGCUCAAAUUGGAGUUUGCUAUGGACAAAUGGGAAACAACCUACCACCUUCAAGAGAAGUGGUGGCUCUCUACAACCAAAACAACAUUAGAAGAAUGAGGCUCUAUGGUCCCAAUAGAGAUUCCCUCGGCGCGCUUUCAGGCUCCAACAUUGAGCUCAUUCUCGACGUCCCGAACCCCGACCUACCAAAAAUUGCUUCAAGCCAAGCGGAAGCCAAUACAUGGGUUCAAAACAACAUAAGAAGCUUACCCAAUGUUAGAUUCAAGUACAUCGCCGUUGGCAAUGAAGUCCAAUCCUCUAGCUCUAACGCUCAGUUUGUCGUCCCGGCCAUGCGCAACAUCCAAACUGCGCUUGCUAGUGUCGGCUUGGGUGGUCGAAUCAAAGUUUCCACCGCCAUCGACACGGGUGUCCUCGGCACAUCAUUCCCUCCUUCCAAUGGCGCAUUCAAAAGCGAAGCCAUGCCACUUCUCAACCCCAUCAUUCGUUUCCUAAUUGAAAACGGCUCUCCGUUGCUUGUCAACUUGUACCCUUACUUCAGCUACAUUGGCAACAUGAGGGACAUCCGUUUGGACUAUGCCCUCUUCACGGCGCCCUCGACAGUGGUCACCGAUGGCCAGUUUCGUUACCAGAACUUGUUCGAUGCAAUUCUCGACGCAACUUAUGCAGCAUUGGAGAAGGCCGGGGGAAGAAAUGUGGAGAUUGUGGUGUCGGAGAGCGGGUGGCCGACAGCUGGGGGAACAGCAACGUCGAUUGAUAAUGCAAGGACUUACAUUAACAAUUUGAUUCAACACGUUAAGAGAGGGACUCCGAGGCGCCCUGGAAAACCGAUUGAGACAUAUAUUUUCGCCAUGUUCGAUGAAAACCAAAAGAAUCCCGAGUUUGAGAAGCAUUUUGGGCUCUUCAGUCCAAACAAACAGCUUAAAUAUCCAAUCAACUUCAAUUGAGAGAUGGAAGCGAGUAAUAAUAUUUCUAUACAAAGAAAUAAAAGCUUUUGAAUAAUCUCAUGGAGAUUGUAAUGUUCAAAAGAACUCAUAUUAACCUUUUAUUAAUAAACUUAUUAUAAUUAGCUGAGCUAUAAAUCUUAA